AUGGUUGCAUGUAUAUUCACAGUUCUUUGUUACUCACAAAUUUAUAUACUGUACUGUUUUUUAAAGACAAGCAAACGUAGGAAUCACGGCCGCAACAAGAAGGGUCGUGGACAUGUACGGCCUGUGCGCUGCACCAACUGCGGACGGUGCGUACCAAAAGACAAGUCUAUCAAGAAAUUUGUCAUUCGUAACAUCGUAGAAGCUGCUGCUGUUAAGGAUAUUGAAGAAGCUAGUGUGUACUCUGUAUAUGCCCUUCCGAAAUUGUAUGCAAAGUUGCAUUACUGUGUUAGCUGCGCUAUCCAUUCCAAAGUGGUUCGUAACAGAUCCCGAGAGGCACGACGCGAUAGGACUCCACCACCUAGAUUCAGCCCAAGAAUGAUGAAUCAACAGAACAGACCUGGACCCAAGCCAUAAGUCUGUUAUAUCACACAAGACUGGCCUGGACAGAGGGAGGGUUGCUUGAUACAGAAAUGUCAUUCUGAUUAUAACUGAUUAAAAUUGGUAAAAGUGAAA